AUGAAAUUUGAAUCGUGGAGAAUAAAAAAAUUAAUAAUUGAAUCUAUUAAAUUUUAUCAAGAAACGUUAAAUACUUUAUAUGAUCACUUGAAUUUUAUCAACCACCAAAGAAAGAGAACAAAAUACGUCAACAGUAAAAUGGCGAGUAAUCCUAUCGCAUCACAGACUAGUUUUAUGCCGGAUCAAUUUUCUCCCAGUGGUAGUUUUAAUCAACCAACUGAUCAGCCUCAAUUAACAAGAUCAUUAAAUUCUUGGUCAACUAAUACUUCACAAUCUCAAUCCCAAUCAUCAUCAACAAGUGGGAAUACUUAUUCAUUUAUUGGAAAUACACCAUCUUCAAUUUUAUUUUUUGUUGCUUUAGCGGUUGGAGUAUUUAUUGGAUUUUUAUUUAUUUUCUUUACAAUAAGAUAUUUUGUUAGAUCAAAAUAUGGAAUAACAGUUAUACCUAUAAAUAGAAGAAGUUUUAAUGGUGGUGGGAUUGGAAGUAUAAAUGAACAUGCAUUUGCUCAUAUUUUUAAUUCUAAUGAAAUUCAAGAACAAAUAAGUAGAGGUGAAAUUAUGGAACAAACUUUAAAUUUAAGAGAUAGAAAUAGACAAAGAAGAAAUAGAAGGAGAAGAAAAAAAAUGAAAAAAUUAACUGAAGUUGAAGUUGAAAAAUUAUUUCCGAAAAAGACUUAUUUGGAUUGGUUAGAAGGUGGUAAAGAAAGAGAUGUUGAACAUCGAGAUGGGAUAUUAGAAGAAGAACCUGUACAAAUACAACAACCACAAGAUAUAAAUGAUGAAUCAAUAAAUUCAUUAUAUACUGCAAGAGAAGAAAAUGAUCAAGAAAUUGAAUUAAAAAAUAUAAAAACUAAUAACAAUAUAAUGUAUACAGAACAAGAUAUAACGGAUUGUAGUAAAUCAAAUAAUGAUGAUCAUAGUUUACAUUUUGAUUCUGGUUCUUGUGCAAUAUGUUUAGAAAUAAUUGAAGAAGAUGAAUUGGUUCGUGGAUUAAUUUGUGGUCAUGUAUUUCAUUCAAUUUGUUUAGAUCCUUGGCUUACUAAAAGAAGAGCUUGUUGUCCAAUGUGUAAAAGAGAUUAUAGAUUUAAAAAAGAUUAUCAAACAGAUAACAAUAACAACGAUAAUAAUAAUGAAAAUGAUGAUAAUGAUUUAAUAAAUGAUUUAAAUCAAAUUGAUAGUGAUCAAAGUUUAGAUUUAGAUGAAAUAAGAAAUGAUCCAGCAGUACAAGCACUUUUACAAGAUUUAAUUCCUAUUGGAGAAAGAGUAAGAAUUCUUUUAAAUGAUUCAAAUUAUUCACACCUUAACUUAGAUGAAAGAGGUAAACAAAUUUCCAAAAAGAAAUAUGGUAGAUUUUUAAAAAAAUUAAUGUGGAAAAUAUUUGGUAUUAGUCAACAAGAUUUAUAUAAUUGGGCUGUAAUGGAUAUCAUCAAAAAAUAUAGAAGAGAUAAUCCACAACAAACUCAACCACAACAAGAACAACAAGAAACUGAACAUAAUCAAGAUCGAAUUGAAACUCAAACGCAACAAGUUUCACAACCACAAACUGAAGAAACUCGGGAAUCUGUUGAAAAUAGAGUAUAA